GGGGCGGGGGGGCACCGGCGGCGGAGCGGAGCCACCGCUACCUCGGAGCUUCACCGCGGAGCCCUUCCCGAGCGCUGCUCGCUUUUCCCGGCCGCUGCUGCUCCCGUUUGCCCGGCUCCCUGCAGCACCGGCAGCCUCGGAGCAGCCCCGCCGCCGCCCGCACUCGCUCCUGGUGAUUUCUGCCGGGAACCUGGGGAUUUCUGCCCGGAAUUUGCGCCGUUUCCUCCGGGACCGGGCCAGUUUCUCCUGGAAUCUGGUCGGUUUCGUCCUCCCAGGGAGCCGCAGCAGCGCCGAGGUCCAGCUGAUGAAGAGGAGGUGAGGCCCCAGCUGUAGCUCCCACUCUGUGCUGUUCCCUGCGGGACGUUCACCCUCUUCCCUCGCCCGUCGCGCCCCGGGGCCGUCCCGAUGCCGAAGAACAGCAAGGUGACGCAGCGGGAGCACAGCAGCGAGCAUGUCACCGAGUCGGUGGCCGACCUGCUGGCCCACCAGGAGCCCGUGGACUACAAACGCAGCGUCCUCAACGUGACGGGGGAGGCCUGGGACAAGCAGAAGGAGGGAGAUGAGGAGCUGGACGCCGAGAACCGGCCGGCGUGGAACAGCAAGCUGCAGUACAUCCUGGCGCAGAUCGGCUACUCCGUGGGGCUGGGCAACGUCUGGCGCUUCCCCUACCUCUGCCAGAAGAAUGGAGGAGGUGCCUACCUGGUCCCUUACCUGGUCCUGCUCAUCAUCAUUGGGCUGCCCCUGUUCUUCCUGGAGCUGGCAGUGGGGCAGCGCAUCCGCCGGGGCAGCAUCGGCGUCUGGAAUUACAUCUGUCCCCGCCUGGGAGGCAUCGGCUACGCCAGCUGCCUGGUCUGUUUUUUUGUUGGUCUCUAUUACAAUGUCAUCAUCGGCUGGAGCAUCUUUUACUUCUUCAAGUCCUUCCAGUACCCCCUGCCCUGGAGCGAGUGCCCCAUCGUGAAGAACGGCUCGGUGGCCGUUGUGGAGACCGAAUGCGAGAGGAGCUCAGCCACCACCUACUUCUGGUACCGGGAGACCCUGGACAUCUCCAACUCCAUCUCUGAGAGCGGGGGGCUCAACUGGAAGAUGACCCUGUGUCUGCUGGUGGCCUGGAGCCUUGUUGGCUUGGCCAUGAUCAAAGGCAUCCAGUCCUCAGGGAAGGUGAUGUACUUCAGCUCCCUCUUCCCAUACCUGGUGCUUGUUUGCUUCUUGGUGCGGGGGCUGCUGCUGCGUGGGGCAGUGGAUGGGAUCAUGCACAUGUUCACACCCAAGCUGGACAAGAUGCUGGAUCCCCAGGUGUGGCGUGAAGCAGCCACACAGGUUUUCUUCGCCUUGGGCCUGGGUUUUGGGGGGGUCAUUGCCUUCUCCAGCUACAAUAAGCAGGACAACAACUGCCACUUCGAUGCCACCCUUGUCUCCUUCAUCAACUUCUUCACGUCUGUGCUGGCCACCCUGGUUGUGUUUGCUGUGCUGGGCUUCAAGGCCAACAUCAUGAACGAGAAAUGCGUGGUGGAGAACGCUGAGAAGAUCUUGGGCUACCUGAACACCAAUGUGCUGAGCCAUGACCUCAUCCCACCCCACGUGAACUUCUCCCACCUCACUGCCAAGGACUACCACGAGAUGUACAGGGUGAUCAUGACGGUGAAGGAGGGGCACUUCAAAGAGCUGGGCCUGGAUGCCUGCCUGUUGGAGGAUGAACUCAACAAGUCAGUGCAAGGGACUGGCCUGGCCUUCAUUGCCUUCACAGAAGCCAUGACCCACUUCCCAGCCUCGCCCUUCUGGUCCGUCAUGUUCUUCUUGAUGCUGAUCAACCUGGGCCUGGGGAGCAUGAUCGGGACCAUGUCAGGCAUCACCACGCCCAUCAUCGACACCUUCAAGGUGCGGAAGGAAGUGUUCACAGUUGGUUGCUGCAUCUUCGCCUUCGUAGUGGGGCUGAUCUUUGUGCAGCGCUCUGGAAACUACUUUGUCACCAUGUUUGAUGAUUACUCAGCCACGCUGCCGCUCACCGUCGUGGUCAUCCUGGAGAACAUCGCUGUGGCCUGGAUUUACGGCACCAAGAAGUUCAUGCAGGAGCUGACGGAAAUGCUGGGUUUCCGGCCCUACCAGUUCUACUACUACGCCUGGAAGUACGUGUCCCCCAUCUGCAUGGCCGUGCUCAUGACGGCCAGCAUCAUCCAGCUGGGAGUCAGCCCCCCGGGAUACAGCGCGUGGAUCAGAGAGGAGGCUGCUGAAAAGUUCCUGUUCUACCCAACGUGGGCCAUGGCCAUCCUCAUCUCCCUGAUCAUCCUGGCAUCCCUCCCUCUGCCUCUGGUCUUCAUCCUCCGGCAGUUCCACCUGGUGUCGGACGGCUCCAACGCCCUCUCCGUCACCUACAAGAAGGGUCGCAUGAUGAAGGACAUCUCCAACUUGGAAGACAACGACGAGACCCGCUUCAUCCUGAGCAAAGUGCCCAGCGAGACGCCAUCCCCCAUGCCCACGCACCGCUCCUACCUGGGCCCCGGGAGCAGCUCCCCCAUGGAAAUGAGCAGUGCUCCCAACGGACGGUACGGGAGUGGCUACCUGCUGGCCAGCACCCCCGAGUCUGAACUGUGAGGGUUGCCUGCCCACCACCCCCACCGGGAGAGGAGGGCACUGGGGAGUGGAUCCUGGCUGUCCAGGCAACAGGAAAAUUAAUUACUAAGGGUGGAGAAGAAUUAAUUACUAAGAUGAAGAAGAAACCCCUCUUAAAAUCGUAAGCAAAGCAGCCAUUUCUAAGAUGACGUCGGGAAGAAGGGAUUGCAGGAGGGGCAGGACUCCUCUGACAACCCUCGGUGGAAAGGCAGGACCCCUGGACUCACCUCUGGGGAAGGAACGAGGAGUAAGAGACGCUGCAAUACCUUUUCAAGAGUUGUUCUCGUGCAGCUCAAAUCUGAAGCAAAGAAUCUCUCUCUUUUCUAAGCAGCUGAUGGUUGGAACAAGGACCUGGCAGCAGGUGGGAAGCCAAUCACACUUCCUCCUGU